AUGAACUCCACUGCAACUGCCCUAUCUACUGCCCUAUCUACUGCCCUACCAAGUCCCGACACCUCAGGCUGGUGCUCUAUACUGUCAGCUCCCGCCUCCUACCACUUCCAACCAUUUUUGUUCUAUCAUCCGAGCUUAAAGCCGCUCGAGGACUAUCAGGAUAGGAAGGCGGAACGAACGGGGAGCUCAACUUUCACGUUUCCUAGCAUGGAACGCAAGUGCAGUGGGCCGGUGUCUGUUGGCACACCAACGAAGACGAUCUAUGACGAACUACCUACUCCAACUGCUUCCAUAGCGAAUGUUGCGCGCCUUCCUGCGCUCAUGGGCUCUGGACUACCUACUGGAGCAAUGUUGCCACACAUGCGCACGAAGAGUUCAUCUCCCAAGGAUUCUGGAAAGUUGUUCGUCGUUAUUCGGGCACGGAAGCCUCAAUCAUCACAACCCGAUACUCAUCCACACAUUCACAAGGUUGGAUACUCAAUGGACGAAACUGGAGCAGGACCUUCUUCGCAAGCAAAAUCUCUGAAGCCAUGAAUUGACAUUAUAAUGUGCAUACACGCCUUUUACGCUUUGUUCUUACCUUGUCCUACUUUGCAUUUAUGAUGUACCACCUCGUGAUUCUUACGGUACGCAUCAUCUUGCAUAUGUAAUAUUUACUGCACUCGUGCAUCUGAACCACACUCUG